GAAUCUGGCCCAAUCUGGCAACGCUGCUUGUGGAAGUUAUACAGUUUUCAUCCGGGUUAUUGUGUGGUCUGGUCACACGUCAAGAUGGCGACACACAUGUCGAGGUGUAGAUCCUGGAGCCCCGUUCAAAGUUAUUCUGUGUAUGAUUCCAGGUAUGGGCUCGCAGCCUACAGGAGUUACAGCGGGGGCGGUGGGUACCCCAACAUCCCCCUGUCCUCCCCGCUGCCCGGGGUCCCCUCCCCGACGUUCGCGUCCGUGGACGGCCUGGAGAAGAGCGAGACCAGGAUCACCACUCUGGAAAACGGCCUGAGAGUGGCGUCUCAGAACAAGUUUGGUCAAUUCUGCACUGUUGGAAUUUUAGUUAAUUCCGGGUCAAGACACGAGACGAAGUAUCCCAGUGGGAUUGCUCAUUUCUUAGAGAAACUUGCCUUUUCUUCCACAGCUCAGUAUGGGAGUAGAGAUGAAAUUCUUCUGACGUUAGAGAAGCAUGGCGGAAUAUGUGACUGCCAAACAUCCAGAGACACCACUAUGUAUGCAAUCUCUGCAGAAGUGAAGGGCCUGGACACGGUGGUCAGCCUGCUGUCAGACGCUGUGCUGCAGCCUCGCCUGCUGGAUGAGGAGAUCGAGAUGACUCAAAUGGCCGUGCGUUUUGAGCUGGAGGAUCUGAACAUGAGGCCAGAUCCUGAGCCGUUACUCACAGAGAUGAUACAUGCUGCAGCGUACCGCGGGAACACGGUCGGCCUGCCGCGCUUCUGUCCCGGCGACAACGUGGACAAGAUCGACCAGGCCGUGCUGCACGGCUACCUGCGCAGCUACUACUGUCCUCAGCGCAUGGUGCUGGCCGGGGUGGGCAUUGAGCAUGAGCAGCUGGUGAAGUGUGCCCGCCGGUACCUGCUGAACACCAGGCCGGUGUGGGGCGAGGCCACGCCCACCGACGUGGACCUCUCCGUGGCCCAGUAUACCGGCGGCAUCGUCAAGAUGGAGAAGGAUAUGUCUGACGUCAGUCUGGGCCCCACCCCCAUCCCAGAACUUGCACACAUCAUGAUUGGUCUGGAGAGCUGCUCGUUUCUGGAGGACGACUUCAUCCCGUUCGCGGUGCUCAACAUGAUGAUGGGCGGGGGCGGCUCCUUCUCCGCAGGCGGGCCGGGGAAAGGCAUGUUUACCCGCCUCUACCUCAACGUCCUCAACAGGCAUCACUGGAUGUACAACGCCACCGCCUACCAUCACAGCUAUGAGGACAGCGGCCUGCUCUGCAUCCAUGCCAGCGCCGACCCCCGACAGCUUCGGGAGAUGGUGGAGAUCAUCACCAGGGAGUUCAUCCAGAUGGCGGGGACACCCGGAGAGAUGGAGCUGGAGAGGGCUAAGACCCAGCUCAAAUCCAUGCUUAUGAUGAAUCUGGAGUCGCGGCCGGUCGUCUUCGAGGACGUUGGUCGCCAGGUCCUCUCUACAGGGAAGAGGAAGCUGCCCCACGAGCUGUGUGCGCUCAUCAGCAACGUUACCACCAGUGACAUCAAGCGCGUCACCUCUAAGAUGCUGCGCAGCAAGCCGGCGGUGGCGGCACUGGGAGACCUCACGGAGCUGCCCUCCUUCGAACACAUCCAGGCCGCCCUGUCCAGCAAGGACGGGCGCCUGCCGCGCACCUACCGCCUGUUCCGGUAGACCCCGCGGACCCCCUCUGCCCUGGACCCCCACCACCAUAUAUGUACAUAAACCGUAAAGGGAACCUGGAGACCCACUCACACGACAUCUCGCCCCAUGCAGAGGGGCUGUGGGGGAGGGGACUUUGUUCUGGAGUCCACCCCAACCAGGAGAUGUGGAGAGUAUUUAAUUUUUUUGUCAUUUUUAGUCUGUGUGUACUGUGUACCCAGCUGGAGCCUUUGUCAUUUGGGAGGACCUGUUUUUUUUUUUUACAUUUGGGAUUGUUUAACUGGUCACCCCAAAUAACAAAUGCUGUACCUAGACUUGACGAGCAGAGAACCGAAGUCCCGCAUCAAUCAGUAGCAAUUGUGGUUUGUGUGGUAGUUUUCCCUGUAGGCUUCCUGUUGUGUGAUUCAGAGGUUGGUCCUCUAUUUAGAUGAGCCUUUAUCUUCAGUUUGAGGAGGCGGGAUAAACAAAUUGUUUUCAGUUUUGCCUCUGUUCUUAAAGGAGAGUUAGGUGGUUUGCUCUGAUGAUACUUGGAUUCAGGUCGCCCUCCAGGCAAACUGCUUAAUUUGGAGGCUUUCUGUACAUUUGGCUUAUUGUCGUGCUAAAAUACCAGAUAAAAUGAAAACUUGGAAUUUCUCAGUCAUCGAUUGGUUACCCUGUGUAAGAAUGUUUUAUUCAAUUCAAAUUCAAAUUACUUAAUUUUUCCGUUAGGAACUUCAGAUGUGGAGGAGCAGCAGGGUGUGUCCAUACCCAACAGUACAUACAAUAAACAAAAGAAAAACACGCACACACUCGCAAACAUACACCAUCAGCCCUGCAGAAAAUAAAAAUAAAAAUCCUUGCCUAAGCCUAAUAAAUAAAUAGUAUUAUUACCUCGAUAGUGGAGGAUGAAUAAAUAAAUAAUUUAAAAAGAUUCCAGGUAUUAAAACAAGAGGAUACAGUUCAAGGAGGGGUUAAACCAUUCAAGAGUCUUAUGGAUGCCGGGACAAAACUUGACAGGGCUCUGUUUGUCCUUACUGUAGGGGCUCUGUAUCUGCGGCCUGAGGGUAAGAGGGAAUACUGGCUGUGUAGAGUGUGUGUGAUGUCAAGGGUGAUUUGUGUUGAUUUCUGCUUAGUCCUUUUGUUGUAUAUAUUGAUGAGGGAUUCCUGCUGUUGUCCAAUUAUUUUGCUGCUCAGUUUGAUGAUUAUGUUUCGUGGGUUCCUUUGGAUGUUGGACAGUGCUCCGAACCAGGAGGUGAUGUUAAAGGUGAUUAUGGAUUCAAUGAAACAUCUGUAGAAUGCUGUCAGAACGGAUUGGUGGACCUGGAGUUUGCGGAGUUUACGAAGGAAAAAGAGACGUUGCUGGCACUUGGAGUGGAUGAUAUCAGUAUUUGUUUUGAAGUUGAGUUUGUGAUCAAUUGUUGUCCCAAGGUAUCUGUAUGUGUCAACCCUCUCUAUCGGCUGGUUGUUGACAGUCAGAGUGGGGAAGGUGGCGGGGGCCUUACGGAAGUCUAUAAUUAGUUAUUUUGUUUUGGUGAUGUUGAGGUCAAGGCAGUUCCGCCUGCACCAGUCUAAAAAGGUGGCCAGCUUGGACUCUUAACUGAUCUAAUGAGUUGGUGGAGUCCAUGAUGACGUCAGAAUACUUGAUGUAUGUGAUGUCUGGGUUUGUGCUUCUGCAGUCGUUGGUGUAGAGCAGGGCUAUUCAACCUCCUUAAGAAGUGGGCCGAAAAGGAAAACCACUGGGGGUUCAUGGGCCACACAGAGUAAAACUACGUGAAUGAAAUGCUACAAAUAAAUCGUACUUAAAGUAGUGUUAACUUAAUAUAGUACUACUACAUGGAAUAAACUUGUCCGACGCAUUCCUUCCUUCUUCACUUUUAAUCGUAUCAUUAUAAAAGAUUUUGUUCUCACAUAUUUUGGACACGUAUUUAGAAUUCAACAAUGUUGUUUGAAUCAUCACAAAACAGAACUACUGCACAUAUGAGACAUUUUGAGCCAGUGAUUCUGUGAGAAAGAUUGCACUGCCUUGUUUGCCUAGUUUGGCUCCUCAGCUUCUCAUAGGUCAUGGAGCAAAGUGCCCUUGUUCUAAUGUCAUUCAUAUGAGAAAAGCUAGACUCACACGUAUCGGUCGAGCCAAACAUUGUCAGAAUAAGUGAUGCCAGUUCCUGAUUGUGGGGUACUGAUACUGGCUAGUAUCACCGGCUACAAACAGAAACCUGAUUUGCAUGCAACUAUGUUUCUCCUUUAUUUUAUUUAUUUUUUGCAUGCUCUUGCGAGCCAGAAAAAAAUUAAGAGGGGCCGCAUUUGGCCCACGGGCCGCUAGUUGAAUAGGCCUGGUGUAGAGUGUAUAAAGAACUGGUGAGAUGACAGAGCCCUGUGGAGCACCUGUAGAGAUCCUUCUGGAUGAGCUAAGGUGGCCGUUAACUCUCACUCUCUGGUGUCUGUCUGUCAGGAAUGAGAGGACCCAGAGUAUGAGGUGGGGAUUGACAUCCAUCUGGCUUAGUUUUUGUCCCAUUAGAUGGGGUUGCACAGUGUUAAAGGCACUUGAGAAGUCUAUGAACACCAGCCGUAGAAAUGACUUGGGCUUCUCAAGGUGGGUGUAAGCUCUGUGCAGCAGCGUUAGUGUGGCGUCGUCUACCCCUCUGUGACGUUUGUACGCAAACUGAAGCGGGUCAGCAUACUUACUGACCUCUGCCUGUAAUUGUGUGAGAAUUAGCCUCUCAAAGCCUUUCAUGACCAGGGAUGUUAAGGCCACAGGUCGAUAGUCAUUAUCACAGGUUGGUUUACUCUUUUUGGGCACAGGGCAUAUGAUGGAAGUCUUCCAGACUGAGGGGAUAGAGUGUUCCGCCAGUGAGCGGUUAAAAAGGUGGCAGUAGACACCAGCAAGCUGGUUGCUGCAGGCCUUCAGCAAGCGGCCACAGAUCUGGUCUGGCCCUGGUGCUUUAUUUGGCUUCAUCCUUCUCAACACCAGCUCAACCUCCGCCUGCUGCAGCUCCCGAUUUACAUAGCCCGGUAUCCUAGCAGUGAGCUCCUCCAUUAGCUUCUCCCUCUCCUGUGUUUGGUCCAAUUUCUCAAACCUGCAGUAGAACUGGUUAAGGUUCUCUGCCAUGUCAAUGCAGGCUUGUUGUUAGAAAAAACCUUAACAGUCUUAGUAGGGACAACAUUGCCUCACAGAAAGUUAUGUAGUCAGUUACCACAUCAGUAGCCUCCUCUAGGCUGUUACCCUGCGUUAGCACCUCCCACUCAGUGCACUCGAAGCAGGCCUGAAGAGUGUCAAUUGCAGCAGAAUCCCACUUUUUCACCUGCUUCUUUAUAACACCCUCCCUUUGAAGCUUUGUGCGAUAAGCGGGGAUAAGAUGGACAACGUUAUGGUCCGCAGUACUGAGAGGAGGUUUUCUAAAUGCCUUGUAUGCGUUCUUUACAUUACCAUAACAGAGGUCAAUUGUUUUAUCGCCUCUGGUAGUGCAUGUAACAUAUUGUUGGUAAGUAGGAAGUAUUUUAUUUAGUCUACAGGCAUUAAAAUCCCCGAGGAUGAGAACAGGUGAGUCAGGGGAUGCGUAAAAACUAGAGCUGUCAAGCGAUUAAAAUAUUUAAUCGUGAUUAAUCGCAUUAAUGCCAUAGUUAACUCACAUUAAUCGCGAUUAAUCGCAAAUUCGUUUUCUAUGCUAAAUAUCCCUUGAUUUCUUUGUCCCAUUAAUUCUUCUCGUUUUAAUUAUCUUAUCAACAUGGUGAAGUGCAUCGGCUUGCCUUGUGCAAAUUAUUUUUUAUUGAUUACAACAUUGGCAUAUACUGAUCAAAACAGGAAGAUACAAAAAAAGAGCUCAUAGUGCAAUCAAAAUCUAAGCAGUCGUUUAGACUGCUUUGAACAAAUGUCUUUUGAACAUAGCAGUCAGGCUACUGGUUCUUUGUUUUGAGCCAAAGAAAAAAAAAAAUAUAUAUAUAUUUAUUUUUUUAAUAAAAGAUUUGCGUUAAUCGCGCGAUAAAAAAAUUGACGCCGUUAAAAUUGGUUUGCGUUAACGCCGUUAAUAACGCGUUUAACUGACAGCUCUAGUACAAACAUCUAAUUUGCCGAAAUUGAGUGAUAGGUUAUACCUAUACAAUUAAGAAAAAUCAACGGUGGGCCUCUUCAUAACUAAUAUAUAUAUUAUUUUAAUUCAAUAAUGUAAAAAUUUUUACAAACCUUAAUUUUUGGUGCCCCCCCAGGUACUUGGUGCCCUACGCACUCUGCGUACUCUGCGUAUAGGGAGCGGCGGGCCUGGGUAAGACGUUAUGUUUUUAAACAUAACACUUCCGCCGUCGAAAAACUCUCCAAGGUAAGACGUUCUGUCUAUAGACUGUAUAAAUUGCGAUAAAAGAAGGGAAGAGACAAUUUCUCACUUCGACAAGCAACGGCAGGUCGUUCAUUUUGUCAUAUAAAAGCUGUUAAAUUCAAUCAUCGCACCGACCGGCAUAUCCGCACAUAAGUCACGUGAUCUUAAAUACAGUGUCCCUAUAACACAAAACGAAAACAUGUCAAAACAGUAUGAUGAAUUAUGUCUACAGAGCCAACACAAGACUACACCACGUUGCUCAAAUGUAAUAUUACUCUCCUUGAGCCUCCCGAAAUGUCUUUACACUUUGUUGCUCAAACUUAAUAUUACUCUUCUCUUGAGCCUCCCGAAAUGUCUUGCAAUAUUGACAUCCCCCUUCUCCCCCUGCAGACUGUUUUAGUUGUUUUAUUUUUUCUUACGUUUUGUGUGUAUGCUAUGUGUGACUGUUGGCUACUGCUGCCUGUCUUGGCCAGGACACUGGCAGAGAUGUUUAAUCUCAAUGAUUAUUAUUUUCAACUAACCAAUAGUAGUUGCCUUGCAUUUUAAAAUGUCAAUGCACCUUUCAGCCCUGAAUAACAGUAAAAGCUAUUUAAUAUUU